GAUAGAACUGUAGGAGGGUGGUGGGGUUGAAGUGCAGCGCGAGCCUUGAUGUCAGUUGGCCUCCUUGGUCCUCGCGCAGGGAUUCUGGAGUCAUAUCCUCUGCCAGCAGCCAGAGCAGGCAUUCCCCGCAGCAGGAGGCGGCGGGAGCGGAGCAAAGAGCCGGGUUACGCUGCUCUGAAACAUUGUGGUGGACAGGCGGAAUAAAAAGGAAAUCCUGGAAAUAAAAGAACACUUUGAUACAGCAUCCCCCGCAUUGCUGAAAUAAGAGACUGGCGGUACUGGCACACGAUCUCUAGCUAUUUCCCAGUACAAUAUUUGAUGAUCACCGCUGCAGGGAUUUCUAUGUUGUGCUGUCCGCAGUGAGAGCUGGCUGGGGGCCGUCAUUACAGAGAUAUUUCAUUCAUCGGGCACACACCUUGCCCCUCUCUGGUGCCAGUCAGCCCCUAGGAUCUGCCCGGUGCCCCCCUGUCGGCGAUGGCGGUGCUAGAUCUGGCCCUGCAGGGUCUCGCCAUCUUCGGCGUCAUCCUCUUCUUCGUGCUGUGGUUCAUGCACUUCUUAUCCAUCGUUUACACGAGGCUACACCUCAACAAGAAGGCAUCAGACAAGCAACCAUACAGCAAGCUUCCUGGUGUUUCACUACUUAAACCACUUAAGGGGGUUGACCCUAACCUCAUCAACAACUUAGAGACCUUUUUUGAGUUGGACUAUCCAAAAUUUGAAAUCCUUCUUUGUGUGCAAGAUCUUGAUGACCCAGCAGUGGAUGUAUGUAAAAAGCUGCUUGGCAAGUACCCAAAUGUGGAUGCCAAGUUAUUUAUAGGUGGUAAAAAGGUUGGCAUCAAUCCCAAAAUAAACAACUUAAUGCCUGGCUAUGACGUUGCAAAAUAUGAACUAAUAUGGAUUUGCGAUAGUGGGAUCAAAGUGAAACCUGACACACUGACGGACAUGGCCAAUCAAAUGACAGAGAAAGUUGGCUUGGUCCACGGGCUCCCAUAUGUGGCAGACAGGCAGGGCUUCGCUGCUACACUAGAACAGGUUUAUUUUGGGACUUCACAUCCAAGGUCCUACAUCUCUGCCAAUGUAACGGGUAUCAAGUGUGUGACAGGAAUGUCUUGUUUGAUGAGAAAAGAAGUUCUGGAUCAAGCGGGGGGGCUUAUUGCCUUUGCUCAGUACAUAGCUGAAGACUAUUUUAUGGCCAAGGCUAUAGCUGAUCGGGGUUGGAAGUUUUCUAUGGCUACACAAGUGGCAAUGCAGAAUUCAGGCUCAUAUUCCAUAUCCCAGUUUCAGUCACGGAUGAUCAGGUGGGCAAAACUGAGGAUUAACAUGCUUCCUGCCACAAUCGUCUGUGAACCCAUCUCUGAAUGUUUUGUUGCCAGUUUAAUAAUUGGCUGGGCAGCACAUUACAUCUUCCGGUGGGACAUUAUGGUGUUUUUCAUGUGUCACUGUUUGGCUUGGUUCAUAUUUGAUUACAUUCAACUUCGUGGUGUCCAGGGAGGACCGCUUACGUUUUCAAAAUUGGAUUAUGCAGUUGCCUGGUUCAUACGAGAAUCCAUGACCAUCUACAUAUUUCUCUCUGCCUUAUGGGACCCCACUAUAAGCUGGAGGACAGGACGCUAUAGGUUACGAUGUGGGGGCACUGCAGAAGAAAUCCUAGAUGUAUAGCUGUGGACCUCUGACUGUAUAUAUAGAUAUAUAAAUAUUAAAAAAAAGAAAAGAGACAAAAAAAAGAAUAUAAAAUGAAAAAGUAUUAUAAAUUGUUUAUACAAAUGCUUUUAAAGGAAAAAAACUACCUUUUGAAUAGUUUUAUUACAUGUAUGUUUUGCUAUCUGAUGUUUAAUUUAUUUUGCAUGGCACUUGAAUCUGUGAAAACAAACUGUUUUGUAACCUGGACCAUAUGUGGGCGAUAAAUGUUUUGUUUGCGUACACUGGGAGAAAACCUGAAAUCAUUAAAAAUAUUCUGCAAUAACUGCAUGGGAAGCAAAUAAUAAUAAUUCUUCCUUUACAGUUUAAAGGAAAUAAGAGGAGCUUAUCUUUGGAAAGGUUAAUUGUAAUCUCCUCUCAGCUGAUGCCCUUUUCAGGUAGGGGAACAUAUCCUUAAUCUUUGAUUGCUAGAAGGAUUGUAGCAGACCCCUCUAGUAUUGCAAUGUUAAUGGAUAUUUAUAUUUAAAAAAAAAAAGAGUGCAUUUUUAAUGAUUAUUGCAUAUUGAUUAUUGCAUAUUUUUUUUAUUUCUCUUUACUUAAAUUACACUUAUAACACAGUCUGCACUGUUAGUCUUUGACAUUGGAGUCCACUAUUCUACUCACUGAACAGCUUAAAGGGCACGUCAUGCCAACUUGCCAGCAAAUAUUUUAAUAUCUACCUUAUGCCAGCUGCAUAGAAGUAAAUUCUAAACCAUAAAGUAAACAUAUGGCUGCAUGCAUUAUUAUACAGCCUCAUUCCAUGUCUUGUAGCCAUUCUGAACUGUACAAUUCACUAUGUAGUAAGAGGCAGAAAAUCUGCCUGCACUGAUUCAAUAUGUAGUAACAGUAUAACCGCGCAGUGAAUGUCAAAACAAGAAAAAAAAAAGAUGGAGUAAUGCGCAGCUCUAGAAUACAAUGGGUGCAUGUGCAUCCAAAAUCUGACAUCCACAUUUAUGUGAAGUGUAAAGUUUAAUCUGGAUAUUUGCUGGUGUUUUUGCUGGCACAAUGUAUAGAUUACAUUUUAUAAAUUCGCUGUAGCAGACGUUAGUGGAUGGCUAUGGCCAUCUUUGAUCGAACCAUAUUAAAAGCCUACCUGAUCAGAGGCGCAAAAUUCCAAUUCAUGCAACCUCUGAAAAUCAUUGUGAUGUUAAGCUAAAACGGCAAGCUUAUUUAGAAAUCUAAAAGUGACUGUUCUAUUUGCUUCGCAUAAUUUCAACCACUAUUAUUUUUUUUUUAUUUUUUCUUGUGGAAGAGGGCAUCCCAAGAGGGACUGAGUUAGGCAAAUAAAUAUACGGUACCUUUUUUUUUUUUCUUUUAUAUAGAUCUAUUUGAUUGUGUACAUGCUGCAAACAAAACAUUUAAUAACAGCUACUAGAUUUCUAAUGUGCUGUUUGGCUACCUCUGCGGAGUAAAUCUAAUUGUCAAUAGAUAACAACUUGUUUGUGAACUGGAUAAAUUCUGUACAAACACGCAAAGUGUUUAAUAUUGACCUGCAUUGUUUAGAACAAUGGGAUUUUCUCCCUAGCUGUUACUGCAAUGAGCCAAAAGUAGACUGUGUUUAAUGGUUACCUACAGCCAAUCAUGCCCACAUAUAUAGGCAACUGUGACUCCACAGCUAUUGUAGAAAUGCAACAUCCAUCAUCUAAAGCCCACCUAUUCAAGGCUACAGAUAUGCAGAGGUUCACUUCUGCUGUAAAAGAUCUUUGAUUCAUGGUCCAUUUUAAGACCAUUGCUUGUUAUGCUGUAAAUGGCUUUAUCCCUUAGCACUAAGUUUCCUCCUGGUGAGGUAAUUUUUGAUUCAGUAUGCUUAUUUUUUUAUUUAUUUUUUCCCCCCCUUCUUUUUACAAAUGCAAGAAUACCGUAGACAAACCAUUUCACACACAAACUAUUUUCGUACGCCACAUACAAAUUAAUAAAAAAAGGAAUUUUGAGACAUUUAGUAUAUUUUUUAAUGCAUGUAUACUACUCAAAAUGGAAAUCAUAGUAAAUAUUGUAAAUAUAUAAAUAUAUAUAUAUAUUUAAUAUGUAUUUAAAUAUAUAACGUAUGAAUGUACAUAUGAAUUUAAAGAACGCUACACUGUCUUUAAUUUAUUAGCUGUCAAACAAGUCUACUAUUGGGUUGUAUGCUUUAACAUAGUUGAAUUUUGUUAUUACAUUUGGAUAUUUUUUAUUUGUUUACUUGUAUAAUGACUUUAAAAAAAAAAAAACAAAAAAAAAAACUUACCAAACUGUAUAUGCAUGCUGUAUAUUUGUUCCUGCAACUGUUUUGUAAUCAUUGGCUUUAGUUUAAACCUGGUCUAGUUUUUCUUGAAACUGUGGUGAACUGGACUCCUAAUGGUUAUGUACAUGCACAUUGAAGAAGUGAAUAGAAUACAAAUAAGCCUUUAAUAAAUAUAUAUACAUACGUUAUGUUGUGCCCCAUCCCACUUCAAGCAUUAUUGCAAUCACUGGUGUCAUAGCUACUUAUUAGAAAGUGGCAAGUAUUUAAUGUCGGAGAUCUUAAUCUACCUUUUUUAAUAGCAAUAAUGAUCUCCAAUUCAAAUAACUGGGCAGUUAAUUACCUUUUCUGAGCCAAUAUAUUGAAUUGCCCAAAUGUUGAUAAUCACACACCAAAUCAAGAAAGAUCUAUGGCCAAAUCUAUUUUAGCCAGCUUUAAUGUUUUUUUUGCCUUAGGACAUCAUAUUUUAUGUUUGAUGGGCAUUUAUAUUCAGAAUCAGUGGGGUAAGGCUUCUGUUUCAUGUUCACUUUCUUUUAAUGAAUCAGGGAAAAUUGUCCUUGAGGAAAUAGCACAUUACAAGCCCGUCUAGUGGUGACCCACGAGUGCGCACAAUGAAGCGCCCUUCAAUUUUGUUAAAGUUUCUGUCUAUAGUUUUUGUUUUGUUUUGUUUUUCCGAUUUGUGCAUUGAAGUUUGGUUGAUGCCAUCCGUUACACUGCAAGGAGGAUCUCCAGUAUAAACGUCUGGCUGGGCGAUCACCAAUUUUAAGCAGUGUAUCUACAAAAUGAAGGUUGAACAGACUUCCGUUAUGUUUUCUAGAUAUUACUAUAUUUCUAAUGAUUUGCACUUCUCAUAGAUCUGCUCAUUGAGGGAAAGUUAAACUUUCCUAAAGCACAGUGCUGAAUCGUUUUGUGUUUUGUUUUUUGACGACUUUGUUUUCAGCGUUCAGAAACAUUGCAAGCAGAAAAUUUGAAUUCCAAAUUCUGUGUUAAUUUAAAAUGGUCUUAAAGUAGAUGCAAAUGGAUGAAUGUCUAGAAUAUUCAAUGUUUAUUUAAAUUUGUUUUUGUUUUUUGUUUAAAAAAAAAAUAAAUUUUGAUUACUAUCAGA